UGUUGUUGAAAUGUUUACUGUCGACUGAUGCAGACGAUGUUAGGGAAACAGUGGCCACCAAUGGAGAAAGUAGCUAGACUGGAAACUUCAAUGCGUGUCAUGUUAUCGAACCACUACAUUAUAUACAUAUGUUUACUACGAAAUGGUAUGUUUAGCAUUGAUAACAUAAAAACGCUGCGAAGAUGUGCAGUUUAUCUCGAGAAAAUAUUAAAUUCCAAUGAUGAACGCGAGGUGAUUUCUAAACAUGACCAGUCUAACCUUUCGGGCAUCGUGCCGCCAAAGUACAAAAUAUUUCGCGACGAAGAUGCAUCGAUUAUUUUCGAUGUCGAUGAGGAACGAGAAAAAAUUAAUCUUGAGAACUUAAAUGCCCCUUACGAGGAACUGGACAUUUAUGAUGGAAUAAAACUGACACGUGGGAUAAGUGGAGUGUAUGAUAUAGAUGACUUGGUCGACCUCCUUCACAAAAACAAUCUCAUGGAGAUAUUUGUUGCUUCGGUUCCACAGAAUCAGGUUUACGUCGAUUAUGUCGUUGUAGUAUCCGGGAGAUCCACCAAGCACAUGCUUGCAACAGCUGAGACUGUGCGUAGGAUUUUCAAGAAAAAAAAGAAUCCGCGUGACCGAGUACCAUCAAUAGAAGGGAAGAACUCGAAAGAUUGGAUAGCGCUUGAUCUAGGGAACAUUGCUCUGCAUAUUUUCUCUCAGCAGGCAAGGAAGAUGUAUGACCUGGAGACUUUGUGGUCCGUUGGUUCAGAGUACGAUGAUCAAAUCAAUGAGCCUAUAGAUCGUUUAACGGAAUACAUUGGAAAACAUUCUUACUUAGCUAAUCUACAGCCAGCUGAGAGCCAGGACUAAUGAUUGAUUCAACCUUCAACUCUACCUGCUUAAAGUUGUAUUAGAUAACGAAAUAAAAAGUCAAAUUUUGAUAUACAUGUAGCAUAUAUUAUACUGUUAAGUUUGUUAAAUAAUAAAGUCAUAAGAGUGAAUAAGAAA